AUGGAAAAUCAAAAGCUCGAGGUAGGAAGCACUGCCGAGGUUAAAGUAGACCAGAAGGACAACGCUGUCAUUGUCGUUUCUUUAAAUUAUCAUGGCGAUACUUACCGUGGAGUAUUAAUUAAUACAACCAGCACAAUACAAGCUGUUACCAGCAGGAUUUCGGUCCCUGCUUUAUCCAAGAGACCUAAACCAUUUCUUUGUAAUACUGGUCAUGGAUUAUGGUCUAAUAGCCAAUUGGGCGAAAUAUUACAACCUAAUGACGUUACCUGUUCUACUGCUUUAAACGUUCAUAAAGUUGAUAAUGUGUCGAGCAAUAUUGAAAUUGAAAUACUUAAUGUUGCCUUAUUAGGAUUAACUGAGAAUACUACAAAGGCACUCAAUGAAGUAAAAGAGACGAUAUCUAGCAGUCAUAGCAAACAGGCGAUAGCUGAUAGCACUAAAGACGAACAAAUCACUUCACAGCAAAAUGCUAAUUUGACUUAUAGCAUCCAGGAAAAUAGUUUCAAUACGCGGCAAAAUAUAUCCCAAGUUAAUGGCCAAUCUGAGAGCUUGUUAGUUAACGAUCACUCUUCAAAAGAUAUGCAGUGUACUAAUAAACGUAUGCUAUAUGAAACUAACAGAGCGAGCAAUAUCACUAAUCAUGAUGACAAUGAUAAUGAAGUAUCCUGUCAUAGCGGUGGUAGUAACAGCACCAAUUCAACUAGCAAUAGGAGAAAAAUGGCUAACAUUAAUAAUAGGUAUUGUCAGGGAUAUCAUGAAAUUCAUAGCCAAAAUAAUGGACUGUCAUCAAAAAGAAGGCGCCGAAGCCCGAAAUUUACAUCUACUUAUUAUUUAGCAUCAUCAAAGAAAUCUGCUUCUAUAGGCAAUAGCACAAUGACUAAUAGUAAGAUGCCCGGACAUACUGUCGAUGAUAUAUGUAACAAGUUACAUGCUGUGGCCCAUUCGAAAAGAAAAAACGGUAGUGAUAAUCGAUGCGGAACAGAAAAGAAAGUUAAGGGAAUGAAAAUUAUAAAUAGUGAUAAUAGUAAGACUACAGUAAAAUAUGAUCCGAGUUGUCGCACUUUUCAAGUUGGUGAUAUCGUUUGGGGUAAAGUACAGGGGCAUCCAUGGUGGCCAGGCCGGAUUGUAUCACUCGAUGCAACGGUUGAAGAACAACAUUUGUAUCCGUGUAAAGCUGUUGUUGCUUGGUAUAAUUCCAAUACUUGCUCAAUUAUAUCAGCAAGAAGAUUGUACGAUUUCGAUGAAAGUUAUGACUUACGGCACAUGCCUAAACGGCGUGGUGCUUAUCAGAAAGCUGUCGAAGAUGCCUUACUUGCUAGUCGGCAACAACAAUCAUUUAAUGUAGUAGCUAACUGA